UCUUUUAAUCUUUUCAAAUUAAUUUCUCAAAAAUUCAGGAUGAUGGAAAAACGACGUGUACAUAUGCGAAACGCAAAACACCGCUUCUUGAAAAAGCCCUUAUUUAUCGAAGCUACGUAUUAGCUGUCAGCUAAACACAUACAUAUCCAAUCAGUCAAUUUGGUUGGGUUUUACUCGGGUUAGGUUAAGAAAUUUCACUCCAUGUGGACUUGUUUUCGUUGAAUUCGGAAAACAUGUCAGAGCUACUAGCGUUGCCGCAAAAGAAAUAUUACAGACAACGAGCCCAUUCGAAUCCCAUUGCGGAUCAUUGUAUAGAAUAUCCUGUAAAUCCAAAUGAAAUGAAUUGGAGUUCUCUAUAUCCACAUUAUUUCCCAGACAAUGAAAGCAAAUUAGAUGAAAAAGAUGUUAACCAGAAAUGUGUGGAAUUUGCUGAUGUUGGUUGCGGCUAUGGAGGUUUGCUAGUUACACUAUCACCAAUGUUUCCUGAUAAUUUAAUUCUUGGUAUGGAAAUCAGAGUAAAAGUUUCUGACUAUGUCAUGGAUCGUAUAGCUGCAUUACGAUCCCAAAAUCCAGGACAAUAUCAGAACAUAGCUUGUCUGAGAACUAAUGCAAUGAAAUAUUUACCAAAUUAUUUUUACAAAGGGCAGCUGAAGAAAAUGUUCUUUUUGUACCCAGAUCCCCAUUUCAAGAAGUCUAAACAUAAAUGGAGGAUUAUAAACAAGACACUCCUGGCAGAGUACGCGUAUGUGUUAGCUGUAGGGGCCAUUGUGUAUACAGUAACAGAUGUUCAAGAUCUACAUGAAUGGAUAGUACAACAUUUUCAUGAACAUCCACUGUUCAGUGAUGUUUCUGAAAAAGAAUACACUGAAGAUCCCAUUGUAGAGAAAUUAUAUGAAAGUACAGAAGAAGGUCAGAAAGUUACGAGGAACAAAGGAGAAAAGUUUUUGGCUGUGUUCAGACGAAUUUCAGAUCCAUGUACAAAGGAAAUUAGUUAGUAUCAAGUGUAGUAUUGUACUUAGGUAUUUACUAUUUAAUUUUCCUCUACAAAUGACACUCUAAAUAUUCCUUUCGUAUGAUGAUUUAUCUCUGGAUUAGUAUGCAAGGGAACAUCUAGAAAAAACAUUUAUACAAUCAAAACAUGAAUAUUAUUAAAGAAUUGAUUUUUAAAAAAUUGUGACUUCGAUAUUACCUUUUCCAUCAGGUUUAUAUUUUUUCAAUAUAGUUUUGAUGUAAUUAUCAUGCCUUACAUCUCCCUGUGAAAUUAAAUGAGCCAUGUCUAAAGAAAAUUCUUCAUGUAAUAUGAGAAACAAUACCUAAAAGGAAAUAUGAAUUACUCGAAAUUUCAUAAGGACCAAAAAAUUUACGAACCGAUUUUAUUAUCGUUAUACAUACUUCUUCUAAUACGGAAUUAAUAAAUGUUAAUGGAGGCGAAAUAAACGAUCUUUUUAUUAAUCUUU